AUGUCACGCCUCUUCUGGCUCCUCUGCCUGCUCUGCUCCGGCCACCAGAUCGUUGGUACGGCGGUGGCCAGGACCAUCCACGUCCCUACUCCUGACUCCAUUUCCGGCGCCUUCGACUUCAUCCCGCUCUCUGACGGCGUCGCCGGCGCAGAGAGCUUGGCCUUCGACAGCAGAGGCCAGGGUCCCUACGCCGGCGUCUCGGACGGCCGAGUCCUCAGGUGGGGCGGCAGCGCCCGUGGCUGGACGACCUUCGCCUACAGCACCAGCUAUGCCCACAACCCAUCCUGCAAAGCCUCUCCGGCGCGUCCGGGCGACGCCGAGGAUGUCUGCGGCCGCCCCCUAGGGCUCCAGUUCAACGGCAGGACCGGCGACCUGUACAUCGCUGACGCCUACCACGGCCUCCUGAGAGUUGGCCCGGCAGGCGGUGAGGCCAAGGUGCUGGCGGCCAAGGCCGACGGUGGCGCGUUCACCUUUGUCAACGGCGUCGACGUCGACCAGUCCACCGGCGAUGUGUACUUCACAGAUAGCAGCACGUCGUACACGCGUCGGCAUAACACCCAGAUCUUGCUAAACCGUGACUCCUCCGGCCGGCUGAUGAAGUAUGACGCACGGGCCAAGCGCGUGAUAGUGCUCAAGGAUGCUCUGCCCUAUCCCAACGGCGUCGCGGUGAGUGCCGACCGGACACACGUCGUGGUGGCGCACACAGGGCCGUGUCAGCUGUUCAGGUACUGGCUGAAAGGGCCUAAGGCUGGAACCUACGAGCUCUUUGCUGACUUGUCUGGGUACCCGGACAACAUCAGGCGUGAUACCAGAGGAGGCUACUGGGUCGCGCUAAACCGGGAAAAGAUCGACGGCGCGGAUGCGGCGGCAGGCAAGCAUAUUGUCGGCAUACGCCUAGAUGCUAAAGCCGUGGAGCGUCAAGAGAUAAUAGCUGCAGACAAGAGUGUCACUCUCAGCGAUGUCGCCGAAAAGGACGGCAAUCUAUGGUUAGGGUCGGUAGAGCUCGACUACGUCACCUUUGUUGAUCAAACCUUAUUAGAUUAG